CCCGCGGACGUGCCCGCGCCCGGCUGCCCCCCCCUGCCCAUCGCCGCUGCCGCCUCCCGCGCCCUCCCCAGUCAUGUCCGACCCGGAGCGAUGGGGAAGCUCGAGGACAACGAGAGGGUGAUCCUCAACGUGGGGGGCACGCGGCACGAGACCUACCGCAGCACCCUGAAGACCCUGCCGGGGACCCGCCUGGCUCUGCUCGCCUGCGAGUCCCAGAGCGAGUCCCCGGGCGGCGAGGAACCGCCGCCGCCGACCUCCAACCCGCCGCCGCCGGCGGGCGGCUGCCCGGAGCCCGGCAGCGGUUGCAGCCCCCGGGGCACCGGGGCCGCUGCUGCCGCCAGCGAGUUUUUCUUCGACCGUCACCCGGGGGUCUUCGCCUAUGUGCUCAAUUAUUACCGCACCGGCAAGCUGCACUGCCCCGCCGACGUGUGCGGGCCGCUCUUCGAGGAGGAGCUGGCGUUUUGGGGCAUCGACGAGACCGACGUGGAGCCCUGCUGCUGGAUGACCUACCGCCAGCACCGCGACGCCGAGGAGGCCCUCGACAUCUUCGAGGCGCCCGAUCUGCUGACGGGCGAGCCGCCCCCCGACGGCGACGACGACGACGGCUUGGCUGCCAAGAGGCUCGGCAUCGAGGACGUGGGGGCCGCCGCCGAGGGCAAGGGCGGGCGCUGGCGGCGGCUACAGCCCCGUGUCUGGGCGCUCUUCGAGGACCCCUACUCCUCGCGGGCCGCCAGGUUCAUCGCCUUUGCCUCUUUGUUCUUCAUCCUAGUUUCAAUCACAACCUUUUGCCUGGAAACACAUGAGGCUUUCAAUACUAUUAUAAACAAAACUGAGCAAGUUGUGAAUGGGACAGAAACUGUGCUACAGUAUGAAAUUGAGACAGAUCCUGCCCUGACAUAUGUGGAAGGGGUCUGCGUGGUGUGGUUUACAUUUGAAUUUUUAGUACGUGUUAUUUUUUCCCCCAACAAACUUGAAUUCAUCAAAAACCUCUUGAAUAUAAUUGACUUUGUGGCCAUACUGCCCUUUUACCUAGAAGUGGGCCUGAGCGGGCUAUCCUCCAAAGCUGCUAAAGAUGUGCUUGGUUUCCUCAGGGUGGUAAGGUUUGUGAGGAUCCUGCGAAUCUUCAAGCUCACCCGGCACUUCGUGGGACUCAGGGUGCUGGGUCACACUCUGCGAGCCAGCACCAAUGAAUUUUUGCUGCUGAUAAUAUUCCUGGCACUUGGUGUUUUGAUAUUUGCCACCAUGAUCUACUACGCAGAGCGGGUGGGAGCCCAGCCGAAUGACCCAUCAGCAAGUGAGCACACACAGUUCAAAAAUAUCCCUAUUGGCUUCUGGUGGGCUGUAGUCACCAUGACCACCCUGGGAUAUGGGGAUAUGUAUCCACGGACUUGGUCAGGCAUGCUAGUGGGAGCCCUGUGUGCUCUGGCGGGGGUGCUCACCAUAGCCAUGCCUGUGCCUGUGAUUGUCAACAAUUUUGGGAUGUACUAUUCCCUGGCUAUGGCAAAGCAGAAACUGCCAAGGAAGCGGAAGAAGCACAUCCCCCCUGCUCCUCAAGCCAGCUCACCUACCUUCUGCAAGACAGACUUGAACAUGGGCUGCAAUAGCACACAGGGGGACAUCUGCCUGGGCAAGGACAACCAGCUGAUGGAGCACAACAGAUCAUCAGUGUUAUCAGGUGAAGACAGUGCAGGAAGUGAGCAGCCACUCUCACCUGGUGAAAGGCUCCCUCCCAUCAGACGCUCUAGUACCAGAGACAAAAACAGAAGAGGGGGAACAUGUUUCCUACUGACAACAGGUGAUUACACGUGUGCUACUGAUGGAGGGAUCAGGAAAGUGUUGUACAGAAUUUAUCAUGGAUUUUUGACUGCUGAAAAAGGGACAAUGGAAUUUAGCCAUACCAAGGACUGUACUGGAAAGAGACUACUGCUGCUGAAUGGGCCCUGAUAAACAACUCAUGCCUUGAGGAGGUCGCUGAGAUUUACAUGGGAAGUAGAGCUUGUUAAAGAAGAUUAACAACUGCUUGUAAUUACUGCUGCCAGAGGAAGGGGUGACUAGUCACUGUUUAUGAGUCAGCUGUAAAUAAAAUGUGUGCAUGGAAUAUCAGUUUUUAUCUAUAUCAAGGAAAGCUGAAUUUAAGUCAUCAUUGCUAAGACUCCAUGCAAAGAUCCACACCCCUGUGUGUAUUAUUCCUGGUUCCUGCAGUAAAUUGUGCUGUGGAUCAUACAAAGACACACACUUAAUAACGAUAGUGAUGUAAAUGACAUCUGUCUUGACUUCUGUUAUAAUAAUUAUAUAUUUUGCAAAGGUCACAAAUAUGAACAGAGUAGGUUUGCAUAAGUCCUUGCUUUCUCAGUUUGCCAUGACCUCUAUUUGUAUGAAUUCUACUGUACAUGCCAAGUCUUAAGUUUACUUUUCACUUUGAUAACAGAAAUGUAACUGCAAACAAACAUCACUAACUUUAUUCACAGCACAGAGUCUUCUUUCAUUGUUACCUCAAAUUAUAAGUAUUAAGAGAAAUAAAAUUCUGGCAGCAAGACUAUUUUGUUUAUUUUUUUUUUAAAUUCAGUGUUGCAAACCCAACAUCAAUAAAUAUAAAAGUUGUAUUAAAAUUAUAUCCUACAAAUGUAUAUUUUACAUAAAAGAGAUAUUCUUUGAUCAGUUACUUUCUGUGAUUUUUGUGGUAAAUGGAUCUAGUCUAUUCUAUGUUUAUGAGGCAUUGUGGUGCUACGAUGUGGUAAUUAUGUUCUCUCCAUCCUAUUCAGUGGGAAAUUCUCCAGAAUCUGUUUUGUCACCCUGGUGUCCCUAUUGUAGGGACCUGUCCCAGUUGUGAAACUCUGUAUUGUGGAACUUCUGUGAACAUGUCAAGGUGCAUGCACAACCCUGGUGGAAACCAGUGGAAAUGUAAUACCUGAAUUGGAGAAUAAAAGGCAAAAGACCUGGGGAGGAACUUGGAACAUA